GUCGCUGGCACCAUGUUCUUUGACGCGGUCCUUUCAGUCACGAGUUCACGUCACGAUUUUGACUUUUAUAAUUUCUUUUAUCUUUUAAUCAAUCAAUCAGAUAAUCUCUCCCCGAGUUAUGCCGGUGGUGGCUUAAGUUCUUUCCUUGCGCCGCCCCCCGUCUCACAGUAAUAUUUUUAUAUUUUUAUUUAUCAAUUGUUGUGCCGUUGUUUUAUUAUUUUUUUUUUCUGGACUCCUGUACGGAGUACAUCUGUAGCCCUCUCUUAUUCCCUUCUGAAUCCCCCAUCUUCUACUCAACAUGACAACCGAUGUAUUUGCAGUUCCUAUAUUCUUCAUCUGCUUUCGAGAAUGUGUUGAGACCAGCAUCAUCGUUUCUGUAUUACUUGCCUUUAUCAAGCAGACACUGGGGUCAGACACUGAUGCCGUUACUCGCAAAAAGCUGAUCAAACAGGUAUGGUGGGGAGUUGCCGUCGGGCUAUUUAUAUGCCUCUGUAUUGGAGGUGGCAUGAUUGGGGCCUUCUACGGGUAUGGCAAGGAUCAUUUUGCCAGUACAGAGGAUCUAUGGGAAGGUAUCUUUGCUUUAGUCGCCGCCGUCAUCAUCACGGUCAUGGGCGCAGCCCUUCUGCGGGUGAAUAAAUUGCAGGAGAAAUGGCGUGUCAAGCUGGCCCAGGCAUUAGAGGCAAAGCCUCAACCUCAAGGGAGAAUGAAAGAAAAGAUCAAGCAGUGGUCACAGAAGUACUUCAUGUUUAUCCUACCCUUUAUCACGGUGCUUCGGGAGGGUCUGGAGGCAGUGGUGUUUAUCGGAGGUGUUAGUCUCAGCUUCCCCGCAAGCGCGUUCCCUCUACCUGUGUUCACGGGAAUCCUGGCUGGUGUGGUGGUUGGUUAUAUCAUUUAUCGGGGCGGGAACCAAACCUCACUUCAAAUAUUCAUGGUCAUCUCGACAUGUCUGCUUUACCUGGUCGCUGCUGGACUCCUGUCCCGAGGCGUCUGGUUCUUGGAGAACAACACUUGGAGCAACCUCAUCGGUGGCGAUGCCUCAGAAACAGGAGCUGGUCCUGGAUCAUAUGACAUCCGACAAAGCGUGUGGCAUGUGAAUUGCUGCAGUCCUUUGGUGAAUGGCGGCGGGGGAUGGGGAAUCUUUAAUGCCAUCCUUGGAUGGCAAAACUCUGCCACCUAUGGUUCGGUCAUCUCAUAUAAUCUCUACUGGCUUGUUGUUAUUGUGUGGUUCGUGAUGAUGCGGUAUCGCGAACAGCAGGGGCGUUGGCUAUUGAUCGACCCCUUGGUCCGCCGACUAAAGACCCGGAAGGCUGAUGGGUGCGUGGAAAACGUCGAAAGCACAGCAGCUGUUGGCGUAUUGUCGAACAAUAAAGCAUCGGGGAAUGGGGUUAUGCAACUACAAGCCACGGAGGUCUAAUAUGGCUUGCGUCUACCAGUGCGAAUAGAUGUAUUGUGUAGACAGAUGUCUGUAUUCAAUGUGAGAGAGAACAUCGAGCAACAUCCCUUAAUUCCCUCGUGAGACCAGCUGUUCGCAAUCUUCCCAUAACUUUCUAAAGUGUGUCUCAAACUGUAUCUCUAGAUAAU